CCAUGGAUCCAGCUUUAGCAGUGGAAAUGGAGGCUCUGUCUCGACAGAAAGCCAUGUUUGAGGCAACAGAACGAGGAGACUCCACAGUCCAGCAGUUUUAUAAAGACAGCACCGUGUUCCUGACUGGAGCCUCAGGGUUCCUGGGCAAGCAGCUCGUGGAGAAACUCUUCAGGGCCUGUAAUAUUCGAAAGAUCUUCAUUCUACUUCGACCGAAGAAAAAUAUGACGAUUCAAGAAAGACUUGAGGAAAUGUUACAAGAUCCAGUCUUCAGUCUGGUAAAAAAGAAGAAACCUAACUUCGCAGAAAACAUAGUGCCGGUGAAAGGUGACGUGGCUGAGAUUAAGCUGGGCUUAAGUGAUGAGGACUGGACUAUGAUCACUAAUGAGGUAGACAUCAUAUUCCAUGUGGCAGCUACCACCAGGUUUGACGAGGCUCUCCGAAUCUCUACCAUGAUCAACAUCAGAGGCACCAGGGAGGCUGUUCUGUUGGGGAAAGACUGUCAGAAACUCAAGUCAUUCGUCUACGUAUCCACCACAUACUCCACGGCUACCCAGGCCAAUGUGGACAAGGAGGUGAUGGAGAGGUUCUACCCUUGCCCCCUGCCACCAGAGCUGAUGGUGGACAUGGCUGAGAACAUCGAUGAUGAGAGGAUGGAUGCUAUUGAGGCCAACCUGAUCAAAGGAUAUCCCAACACCUACACGUUCACAAAAUCCAUAGCUGAAGAAGUGGUGAGGAGCAGAGCUGGUGACAUGCCUACUUGUAUCAUCAGACCAGCAGUGGUCAUAUCUUCAUACCGUGAACCAGUACCAGGAUGGGCAGAUGCCAGCUGUGCUUUCGGAGCUAGUGGGCUGAUCCUAGGUCCUGCAACUGGUCUGAUCCAUGCGAUAUAUGCAUCAAAUGAUGUGAAGUUUAGUUUGGUGCCAGUAGACUAUGUCAAUAAUGCUAUACUAGUGGCUGGGUGGUACACAGCUACUAACAGACCAAAUGAUGUCCAGAUAUAUUCAGUUUCUAGUGCCAGGAAUUUGUUUCAUUCAACAAAACCGAUUUCCUCAAAGAUCCGCGACAUUGGCAAGGUCCUGCCGACCCCGCUAGCUGUGUGGUACACCUUCAUAGUAAACACAUCCAACAAGCCCCUGUUCUUCCUACUAACGUGGCUGUUGCAUUACAUUCCCGGCUACAUACUGGAUGCUUGCUGCAUACUGCUUGGAAAACCGACAAUGUUCAUAAAACUAUACAACCGAGUUAACAGAUCGUCUCUCGCUCUAUCCUACUUUACGACACACACAUGGGUCUUUAACGACACAAACUCUGACAAACUAUUCAACAGUCUGUCAAAAACUGACAGACUAAUAUUCAAUUUUGAUACCACAGACAUUAAUAUACCAGAAUUUGUUACGCUAUGGUGUGUUGGGCUUCGAAAAUACUUGAUGAAGGAUGGUAUUAAAAAUACGGAAUACGCGAAAAGAAAGCAGGUACUGUUGAAAUAUUUGCAUUAUGUAGUGUCGUGUUUAUAUGUGUAUGUUUUGUUUAAAGUUGCGUGUUUUGUUUGCUAUUUAAUUCUGUGUUUGUUUGGAAUUGUUUGAUAUUUGAGUUUUUUUGUUUGUAAUUAAUUAAU